CCAACAUGCCUAAAGGAAAGAAGGCCAAGGGGAAGAAGGUGGCACCUGCUCCUUCUGUGGCUAAGAAGCAUGAGGUUAAGAAGGUUGUGAACCCCCUGUUCGAGAAAAGGCCGAAGAACUUUGGCAUUGGUCAGGACAUCCAGCCCAAACGGGAUCUGACCCGGUUUGUGAAAUGGCCCCGGUAUGUUCGGUUGCAGCGUCAGCGGGCUAUCCUGUACAAGCGUCUGAAGGUCCCGCCUGCGAUCAACCAGUUCAACCAGGCUCUGGACCGCCAGACCGCUACCCAGCUGUUCAAGUUGGCUCACAAGUACAGGCCUGAGACCAAGCAGGAGAAGAAGCGCAGGCUGCUGGCUCGUGCUGAACAGAAGGCUGCAGGGAAGGGAGAUGUCCCAACUAAAAGGCCACCCGUCGUUCGUGCAGGUGUGAACACAGUCACGUCACUUGUAGAGAGCAAAAAGGCCCAGCUGGUUGUGAUCGCUCAUGAUGUCGACCCAAUCGAGCUGGUGUUGUUCCUGCCUGCUCUGUGCCGUAAGAUGGGUGUCCCAUACUGCAUCGUUAAAGGAAAAGCCAGACUGGGCCGACUUGUGCACAGGAAGACCUGCACCUCUGUCUGCUUCACACAGACCAACCCUGAGGACAGAGCGGCUCUUGCCAAGCUAGUGGAGGCCAUCAAGACCAACUACAAUGACAGAUAUGAGGAGAUCCGUCGUCACUGGGGAGGUAACAUCAUGGGUCCCAAGUCGACUGCUCGCAUUGCCAAACUUGAAAAGGCAAAGGCCAAGGAGCUGGCUACCAAACUUGGCUAAACUCCUAGCAUAUGUGUGUUUAUUAGUAAAACAAUAAACAAAAAAACCCCAAAGA